AACAACAUUGAAUGGGUAUUUUAAUUCUGCCAAAACUGUUUACUUUCAGGGUCGCUUUCAAGUAUCAACUUUUUGAUAGAAGGAUCUGUGCUUAAUGAAACAAUACCUUUAUUUUGGACGUUUAUUUCGUGGGUUUGUUAAAUAAUCAUUUUUUUGUUAAACAAUCUUUAACAACUAUUAAGCGAGAACUUUUCAAUAGUCAUUUUUAAAAGUUUUUAAGUUUUUUUCCCCUUAUUUUUAGUUUUUUAAAGGCUGUUUCAUUAUACUGUAACGGAUCGUUUACAAUUUUUUCCUAUUUUAACUUGAUCUUAUAAUGCAGAUCUCUCUCGGCUUUAUUACAAUAAGACAUUUGCCUCAAUGCAUAUUCUUAAUAGAACUAUUGUAUAAUAAAUCAUAAACUAUAAAUAUAUAUAUAUAUAUAUAUAUAUAUUGCAAACAUAUUUUGAUUCGUUGCAACUCGAUAUAUUAUUAAUAAAUACGUACAUAUUUUAUUUAGUUUGUAUUUAUUUUGCUAUUUUUAUUUUACAAUGUAUACUCUUUAAGUUCAUUUUGUGCGCCAUGGCAGUGUAUGCCCUGACCGGGUUCUCCCUUGUCAGUUUGAUAAGUUUUGGUUACGUGUCUUGGGACUGGAUGAAGCCUACCCUGAUGGAAAAUGAACCUGCUGAAGACUACUCGGACAAAGCGUCGGACUUCGCCCCAAAACCGCCACCCCAUAUUAUCUUCAUUUUGACCGAUGACCAGGGCUUUCACGAUAUCGGAUACCACGGGUCAGAAAUUCAGACUCCGACAUUGGAUAAGCUUGCAGCAGAGGGAGUGAAACUUGAGAAUUACUACAUCCAGCCCAUAUGUACCCCAUCCAGGAGUCAACUCAUCACAGGCAGGUAUCAAAUCCACACCGGGCUGCAGCACUCCAUCAUCCGGCCUCGACAGCCUAACUGCUUGCCCUUCAACCAUGUCACUCUACCCCAGAAGCUGCAAGAGGCUGGCUAUUCCACCCACAUGGUGGGCAAGUGGCACCUGGGCUUCUACAAGAAGGAGUGUUUGCCCACACGGCGAGGGUUCGACUCCUUCUUUGGCUCGCUGACGGGUAGUGUGGACUACUACACCUAUGACUCUUGUGAUGGGCCUGGUCAGUGUGGCUAUGACCUGCAUGAGGGUGAGGGUGUGGCGUGGGGGCAAAGUGGCAAGUACUCCACUCAGUUCUACACCCAGCGAGUCAACAAGAUCCUGGCCACCCACGACCCUCGCCAGCCCAUCUUCGUCUACCUGUCCUUCCAGGCUGUGCACACCCCGCUGCAGUCACCCAAGGAAUACAUCUACAAGUACAGGGGAAUGGGCAAUGUGGCCAGACGCAAGUACGCCGCCAUGGUCUCUUGCAUGGAUGAAGCAGUGAAGAAUGUAACUUAUGCCCUACGCAUGUAUGGCUACUACAAAAACAGUGUUAUUGUCUUCUCUACCGAUAACGGUGGACAGCCUUUUUCGGGAGGCAGCAAUUGGCCUCUUAGGGGGCGCAAAGGUACCUACUGGGAAGGUGGGAUAAGAGGCCUUGGGUUUGUGCAUAGCCCACUCAUCAAACGCAAGAGGCGGGUUAGCAAGGCCUUGAUCCAUAUCACGGAUUGGUACCCAACCCUGGUGGGGCUUGCAGGGGGUAAUAUGUCAGAAUCUGAGGGCUUGGAUGGGUACAAUUUGUGGCCGACCAUCAGCGAGGGUAAAGAGUCACCACGCAAGGAGAUCCUCCAUAACAUUGAUCCCCUCUACAACCAUGCAAAAUACGGCUCCUGGGAGGAAGGCCAUCGGAUCUGGAACACUGCUGUCCAAGCUUCAAUCAGGGUUGGGGAUUGGAAGCUGCUGACUGGGGACCCUGGAUACAGCGACUGGAUCCCACCCCAGACCCAAGCCAACUUCCCAGGGAGCUGGUGGAACCUGGAGAGGCGCACGGACAUCCAGAAGUCGGUCUGGCUUUUCAACAUCACCGGAGACCCCUACGAACGCUAUGACCUCUCGGAACAGAAAAGGGAAGUGGUGAAGGAGCUGCUGGCUCGGCUAGCCCACUACAACCACACCGCCAUCCCAGUCCGCUACCCUGCUGAGGACCCUCGUGCCUCCCCGGAACUGAACGGGGGGGCCUGGGGGCCAUGGGCUGGGGAGGAGGAAGAGGACAACUGGGACGAGGCUUUACCGAAAAAGAGCAAAACCAAAAAGAAGAAAUGCAAGUUGUGCAAACUGAGGUCCUUCUUCAGAAAACUGAACACUAGAAUAAUGUCAAACAGAAUAUAGAGACUAUGCAGAUGUGGGUACUUUAUCACGAUAGCCCAUUAAUUUAUUUUGAUUCCAUUAGCACUGCAGUAUAACACCACUCACUUAAUAGAACCCUAAGAGUACAAUACAAGACAUUCUUCUGUAGCAUGUUUUAUAAGGCACUUUACAAAUUGAACAAAGCAAAAAACCUUGACAAAAUAGUAAAAUCUUAAACUUAAAAGAUGUGAACAGUGCUUGCAUAACAACAGUAACCAGUCAGUGAAUUUACCAUUUUAUUCUGAGUACAGUUCUAUUCGGGCUAAUAGUACCUUCUCAAAAGCACUUGAAUGUGUCACUAACUCUUCAGUAGGGUACUUUUGAUCACUUUAGAAAUCACAGACAAUGUUUUCUGGUGUCGUGUAGUAAGCCUAUAUCACCUGUUUAUUAAACACUUUAUUGUUACAUUUACUGCUGUGUAAAGCUUAAAGCUGCAAUACCUCUUCAACCACCUAAAUGUCAGUAUUUAUACUUUUUUUUUUUUUUUUUUUUAGGGUAAUUCAAAACCUUGACACAAAUUCCUUUAAGAUUAUUAAGUAGCAUGAAGAAUGUAAGUGUUAUCAAUUUAUCAAGUUUAGAAUUCCUUUCUGGAAAUUUCUUUUUUUACUGUUUUUUCAGCAGUAGUACCAAAUACAUUAAAAAUGUUUGCACAAAAAUGAUAUAGGUUCUUGGUAAACCUUGGAAACUUGCAGGUUUUCAGAAAUUCAAUCACAAGUUUGAUCAGACACUACUUUUUGUACAGCAUUUGGACAUACAGUAUAAAACAAAUGCAAGGAAUAAGAAAUAUAACUUUUUUU